GUGGGUUAUUUUUCCUUUAGUGGUCCCCUAUCUCUUCGCUUGUUUUAAGACGGUGUAUGCAAGAUAGAACACGAUAAGAAAUAUUGAUAAUUUUAGAACAGUCUCUGGUGUAGGGAAUACAUCAGAAUGUUGCGCAUAUGGUUGGUGUCUCUGAUUGUGCAGACGCGAUCUUGUUUUGCAGCAGAUUUUCCAUGGCCAGCCGCCGAAUUCCGUGGCGUAUGGGUUGCAACGGUUUCUAACAUCGACUGGCCAUCAUCGAGCCAUCUCUCAACCCACCAGCAGAAACUGGAACUAGGUGCAAUAGUGGACAAGUUCAAAAGCCUGAAUUUCAACGCCAUAGUGUUCCAAGUUCGAACCUCUGGCGAUGCGCUGUACAACUCCAGUCUUGAACCAUGGAGCACAUUCUUGACAGGCACUCAAGGUCACGCUCCCAGCCCGUUUUACGACCCUCUUGAGUACCUCAUUGGUAAGGCACACGCUGCGGGUUUAGAGGUCCACGCUUGGUUCAAUCCAUAUAGGGCACGCGCCGGAAGUACGUCACGCAGCGGUCUGGCACCCAACCAUAUGGCAAAUCGCUUCCCGUCACACGCGCAUGCGUAUGGAACUAAUCUUUGGAUGGACCCUGGUUCGUCAGAAGUUCAGGACCAUAUUGUAAACGUGUACAUUGACGUGGCAAAACGAUACGAUGUAGAUGGAUUGCAUAUGGAUGACUAUUUCUAUCCAUAUCCGGUCAGUGGUCAGGAUUUUCCAGACACAAGUACCUACCACGUUUACCAAAACUCUGGAGGUAAACUGGCAAAAGCUGACUGGAGAAGAAGCAAUGUUGACACUAUGAUAAAUCGUCUUAAUCGGGAAAUUCAUGCCGUAAAACCAUAUUUGAAAUUCGGCAUAAGCCCUUUUGGCAUAUGGAAACCCGGCCAUCCUUCUGGCAUCAACGGUCUCUCUGCGUACGACUCUCUCUAUGCCGACGCCAAACUGUGGAUGGACCGUCAGUGGCUCGACUAUAUAGCCCCGCAACUCUACUGGAGGAUAGAUCCGCCGGCACAGAGCUAUCCCGCUUUGCUUGAUUGGUGGUGUCAGCAGAGCACCCACGGUCGUCACGUGUACACUGGUAACGCCGCGUCUAACGCCGUAACCAAGCCGGACUGGAGCGUACAGGAGCUGUUGAAUCAAAUUCAAAUCUCCAGAAAUAAAAGGAACGAGCUAAGUCUUGGAAAUAUUCAGUACAGUGCCAAAUACUUCAUGCACAACGAUAAGGGCAUUUCCACCAAUAUUCUGUCCUUGUACAAAUCACCUGUAAUGACGCCACCGAUGCCAUGGUUGAACGUUCCCGUACCAGAUAUGCCUCAAGUGACCGGAACCGGCAGCUCGCUAAGUUGGGCUGGGGAUUCAACAGGGCACACAUAUAGGGUGGUUGUUUACAGGCUUUACGCUGACAUUUGGGAGAUAACUAGUUUCCUGGACGCGCACACGACAUCGACCACGUUGGCGGAAGGAGAGUAUGCCGUGAAAGCUGUAAACAGAGCGGGUAUGGAGUCCAACGCCACCAUCGUCCACAUAAAGAAUGGGGCUUUUAAUAUUAUUGGUUAAACCAAGUGAAAUAUAUUGACUUCAGGAAUAUCCUCUAUUUGAUGCCCAGCAAACAAUUGUUAAUUAUUGUUCCGUAUACAAUUGUUUUUAUUUUGUUUUUGUGACUUCCACUAUUGCAAACACUCCCAAUCCUAUUCAACAAUGAAAUCUUUGAAAAUAAAAAGAAAUGUGAAGAUUG